GAUGGGCUGGGGGCUAGGCUAUGCUGUUAGUCGUAGUGUGGGUGGAGACAAAGUCGACGUACAAAUGCGAGGAGUGUCCAGACGAACCGGUCACCACGGAGAUUGAAACUAGCUACCAAGUGUCGUGUUUUAUUGCUCAGGAUGUGAAGUACAUGUACACCGCUAUGAGGAAGGGAAUGGAGGGGACGGUGAAGAAGAAGUCUGCAGUUCUGGGAAGAGACGUGAACUUCAAGAAGACGUCGCCGCUGAGUCGUCUCCCGGGAUACCUGACAGUCCAGUUUGUCCGGUUCUCGGUGGGCAAGGUCCCCGACAGUGGGGAACCGGUUGCUAGGAAGAUCCUGAAGGACGUCAAGUACACGAUGAAGCUGGACAUGUAUGAAUUCUGCACCACUGAACUGCAGCAGAAACUUAGCCCCAUGAGGACCAAAUUCAAGGAACAAGAAGAGAAAAAGAUGGCUCAGAAAGCCAAGCUGAUAGCCGAGGGCAAGCUGCUGGGACCGAAACUGGCAGGAGCGGCAGCUAUAGCCAAGAAAGAUGAGAAUGUUGAAUAUGAACCUUUUCAGUUUGAAGAUGGUGCGUAUGAGAUGGCAGGAGAAGAGGAA